GUAGGAAAACUACAACCAAGCGCGGUUCAAAUGUUCAAUAGAUUCUCACAGAUCUGAGUAUCAGUUUCCCUUCCGCCUCUACACUACCAUUCUGCACCCGGCUUGAAGCCCAUCAGCAACACUCUGCUUCUUUCACAUCCCAAUCCCGACGCACUCACUCUUUCUUUCUCGGCAGUAUCUGGUCGGCCAUACACCAGUGGACUGUACUCCCCUACGCAAUUUAUCACCAGCUUUGCCUCUUUCUUGAAUCGUAGGCGGCUAGGCAAAUCCAUCCGGGCGGGAUGGAAGAUGAACAUGGACAUAACGUUAGCAGGGACAGGAAGCAACGGAAUGGUGACCGAAGGGAAGAUAGGCACAUGAAAGAUCGGUAUGACGAUGAUGGUGGUGAUAUUCGUACGAAGGAGAGGAAACAACGGAAAGAGCGCGAUGAUUAUGAGUUAAGUGGUGACAGAAGGAGGCACAAGGAGGACCUUUAUGAAGAUGAAGGUAGAGAUAAUAGUAGGAGAGAUAGGAAAUCACAGAAAGACCUCGAUGGCUAUGAAGAUAAUGACAAUAGAAGAAAAAACAGGCACAAAGACGACUACUUUGAAGAUGAAGGUGGACAUAAUAGUAAGAGGGAGAAGAAACAACAGAAAGACUUUGAUGGCUAUGAAGGUAAUGUUAAUAGAAGGAAAGAUAGGCACAAUGCUGAUUCUUAUGAAGAUGAAGAUAGAGAUAAUGGUAGGAGGAGGGAGAAUAAGCAACACAAAUACAGUGAUGAAAGUGAAGACAGCGGUGAUAGAAGGAAAAAUAGGCUCAGGGAGGAUCAUCGGGAAGAUGACAGUAGAAACAAUGGUAGGACGGUACAGAAGAAACAGAAAGACAGCGGGAACUAUGAUUCUGGGAGAAGGGAAACGAGGCAUAGAGAAGAUAGUUAUGAAGAUUUUAGGGAUUCUAGUCAAGAAGAUCAUAGAAAGGAGAAGGAAAGAGAUAAGAAGGUUAGAAAUACAGUGGAUGGUGAAAAAGACAAGAGGCAUAAAAGCAGGGAUGGAAAGCAUGAUAGGCGUAAGCAUAAUGAUAACGAGAGUAGACAGAAGGCUGCAAAAGAUGAUAAUUUGAACGAGGACUCUAAGGUGUCAAAACAAGAAGGGAAUGUGCCAAAUCUGACGGUUGAAUUGGGGAGGAGCGGAGGAGUUUACAUCCCUCCUUUUAAGUUGGCUAGGAUGAUGAAGGAAACAGAGGACAAAAGCUCAGUGGAAUACCAAAGGAUGACAUGGGAUGCUCUUAGGAAGAGUAUAAAUGGGUUGGUUAAUAAAGUGAAUGCAACAAAUAUAAAGAACAUAAUUCCAGAACUGUUUGCUGAGAAUCUGAUUCGUGGAAGGGGCCUGUUUUGCCGCUCUUGUAUGAAGUCCCAAAUGGCCUCUCCUGGUUUUACUGAUGUAUUUGCAGCAUUGGCUGCUAUUGUUAACACCAAGUUUCCAGAGGUGGGAGAUCUUCUUUUGAGGAGGAUUAUUUUGCAGCUUCAAAGAGCCUACAAACGCAAUGAUAAGCCCAAAUUGUUGGCAGCUGUUAAAUUCAUUGCUCAUCUUGUAAACCAGCAAGUAGUUCAUGAGCUGAUUGCUCUUGAACUUCUUGCUGUCUUGCUUGAGAAUCCCUCAGAUGACAGUGUUGAAGUUGCAGUUGGUUUUGUUACUGAGUGUGGAUCUAUUCUCCAAGACUUGACACCACGUGGAUUGCACGGUAUUUUUGAGCGGUUUCGUGGGAUACUUCAUGAAGGAGAGAUUGAUAAAAGAGUUCAGUUCUUGAUUGAAGGCCUCUUCGCAAUACGUAAAUCAAAGUUUCAGGGUUAUCCUGCUGUUCGUCCAGAGCUCGAUUUAGUAGAGCAGGAGGAUCAGUUGACCCAUGAAAUAUCUCUUCAGGAUACUAUAGAAGAUGAAGAUGCACUGAAUAUUUUCAAGCCAGAUCCCAAUUACUUAGAAAAUGAAAAGAAGUAUGAAGAAUUGAAAAGGGCAAUACUAGGUGAUGAAUCUGAAGAAGAAGGGGAUUCUGAUGCUGCGUCUGUGGAUGAAGAUGAAGAUGAAGACAAAGAAGACGACGACGAUGAAGAACAAAUGAAAAUAACUGAUGAGACAGAAACAAACCUGGUCAACCUUCGAAGAACCAUAUAUCUUACAAUUAUGUCGAGUGUGGACUUUGAGGAAGCAGGCCAUAAACUGUUGAAGAUUAAACUUGAGCCUGGUCAAGAGAUGGAGUUAUGCAUAAUGCUUCUAGAGUGCUGCAGCCAGGAGAGAACCUACCUCCGUUACUAUGGGCUUUUGGGUCAACGUUUUUGUAUGAUCAACAAGAUUCACCAGGAGAACUUCGAAAAGUGCUUUGUGCAACAGUACUCAAUGAUUCAUCGGUUGGAAACCAAUAAACUGAGAAAUGUUGCCAAGUUCUUUGCCCACUUGCUUGGAACUGAUGCAUUGCCUUGGCAUGUUCUGGCUUACAUUCGACUCACGGAAGAAGACACGACCUCCUCUUCCCGCAUUUUUAUCAAAAUUCUCUUUCAGGAAUUAUCUGAACAUCUUGGGAUCCGGCUUUUGAAUGAACGCCUAAAUGACCCAACAAUGCAAGACUCGUUUGACUCUAUUUUUCCGAAGGACAACCCGAAGAACACAAGGUUUGCAAUCAAUUUUUUCACCUCCAUCGGGCUGGGUGGGAUCACUGAGAACCUCCGAGAAUAUCUGAAGAAUAUGCCACGCCUCAUCAUGCAGCAGCAACAGAAGCCCACCACCCCUGCUUCUUCCGAUUCAUCAGGUUCUCAUUCCUCUGGGUCUGAAUCAUCAUCCAGCAGCAGCAGCAGCUCUGAGGAAGAGGAUACCUCACGAAAGAGGAGGAGGAGGAGGCGUUGAUCUGCCCAAAUGUUCAACUCUGCUGUAUAUCUUAUUAGACUCUUCGCUUUAUCAACAUUUUUUCUCAAAAAGGAGACUUUGUACUUUCCCCACUGUUUUAUAUUUUUAUGCAACUCAAGGUACAGAAAAAUUGCUAAUGCCAGUCGGUAUUGUUUAAGAAGUCUGUGUGUGUUUUGAGACUUGGGUUGAUUUGCUUGUCUAAAAUGUUGCAGACAAUGCUUGUGUAGGUUUGUUCAAAGUGGAUGUUUGAUUCAUGCUCAGACUAGUAGUGGAUAUCAUACAUUCAUACAUUAAUCCCCCCUCCCCCAAAAACGG